AUGAGCUCAGAAAAGGAAAGCAAGUAGAAUUAGGAAGAAACUCUUGAUCAAGAAAACUAGCAAUUAAAUAUUUAAUAAAAUCAGGCCUAAUCAAAUGAACAUAUACAGUUGCCAGAGACUAAUAUAGAAUAACAUGUGAAUGAAAACUCUUUAAAGUUCAUUCGGGAUUAAGAAGAAGAAGAAGAAAAAAAUUCUAGCAAAAAUUAUAACAUAAAUUUAGAUAAAAAUAGCUCAAAUUAAGACAAGAGCAAAGAUUAAGAUUAUUAGGAUUUCAACGAAGUAGAUUAUGAAGAUUUAGAUGUUGAUGAGGAGGAAAGAAAAGAAAAUUCUUCUACUUAGAAUUCUAUAAAUUAAGAAGGUCCUUCAAUAAAAACAAUCCCAAGUUUAUUUCCAAAUACAAACAUUAUGCAUAUACGUGAUCAAAAUCAAGGCUAUGAAUUUAAUAAACCUUUUGAAGAUAUAAAUGAAUUGAUAAAUUAAUUAAAAACAAAGCAAAAAUUCCAAAAAUGGAGUCAUGAUUUUGAAGAAAUAAUUUAAUAGCUAAACUAAUCUAAAAGAUUAUUAACAGAUUUAUAAUAACCAACAUAAGAUAGAACACUGAGAGAGAGUAAUUUGGAUUACGUUCUCGAACAAUUAACUAUUAUUCGCAGUUAGUUUGAUGAAGUAAGUUAUGAGACAAACAAUCUUCCUGAUGAAGGUGAUAUUGAUAAAAAUAAUUUAACUAGCAUAGAUGAGCUCUUAAACAAAAUAACAUAAAUCGUAAUUAAAUAUUAGCAGUAGCGUAUUAAUCAAAUGAACACAUUUUUAGCAAGUGCUCCUAUUAAUAAUCCCUUAAAUUAAAACAUGUCAAAUUAACAACAAUAAUAACCUGGCUAAUCAAAUUCGCAAAACAAUAAUGGAAAUAUUAAUAGAGUUUAAAAUAAUAUUGCUAACUAGUCAAGUAAUGUUUAAAAUAACAAUUAGAAUAAUAUUCCAAAUAAUAAUAAUAACUAAAAUUUAAUAAAUUAGCAGUAAUAAUAGCAGCAAGGCUAAAGACAAAAUAUAGGUUAGUAAUAAGAUAUAAGAGUUGUAAGAACAUAUUCAAUGAGUUUAGAUUUGUAGAUAUUUUAAUAGAUGGUUGAUGGGUUUUAGAAAAUGAUAAACCAUUUUGAUAUAAUUUUAAAGUCUUUAAUUAUUUUAUCAAGUGCAUUUAUGAUGAUUUCUUUUUACUCUAUAUAGUAACAGCUAAUUUUAAAGCCAUGUGAUGAUUAGUUUGUUACAUUCAUGAAGUGGUUGAUUAACUAAGUAACUAUCAGUGGUGCGAAUUCUAAAGUAUUUGUUCUUAAUGCAAUUAUUCUAUCAUCAUUUUCAAUCAUAUUUUUUUGGCGCUAGUUAUGGAAAGUAAAAGUAGGGCCCUUUACCCACGAGCAAAAAGUAAGAGUCAAAGAAAAUCUAUUUCGUUUUUGCAUUUUUAAACACUUGAUCCUAAUGAAAAUUCUUGAUGAGAGAAUAUGGAGCUGCAGUUUUGAUAUUUUUGUAAUUUGUGUAAUAUAUAUGCAAGCUGAUAUUUCAAGAUUUUUCUCUGAAAUAAUUGAAUUAACAAUCAAAAGUAUUCUCAGUAGUAUGAGCGAAGAAUAUGAGCAAGAAAUUAAAAAAAUUUAAAGCAUAAAAAAAUUCAAUACACUUUUAACUCUAUUUAAUUUAAGCACAUUAAUAAUAUGUUUGAUAGUCUUUUCUUCAAUACCUAAGCUAGUAUUAUUGAGACUCUUAUUUGGAUUGGGUACCUUUUUUAUCAAAUUAUCCUUUAUUUUUAAUCUAAUAUCUAAAUUUGGUGGUCUGUGUUUAUCUUCUACUAUUUCAUCUUUAGCAUCCCUUAAACUCUUCGAAAAAUUGCUUAAGUUGUUUAAAGCCAAAGAAACACGUCUUAUUUCCAAAAGAAUAUAGAUGAGAUAUUUCCUAAAUUAGAAAUUAAUGAAAAUAACAAAGAUGAUUUUUGUACCAUCUGCCACGAUUAGUUGUUAGUUGGUAGAAGGCUUAAAGAUUGUUCACAUGCUUUCCAUUUGA